UAGUUCUUGCACGGCCGUCGCGAAGGAUUCCGAUUGUCCUGGAAAUUUCGUCAUAGCAUAUAACGAUAAUUCUCGUGUAUGUACGAUACGGAUGUCACGCUCUGGGGCAGAUGUUGUCGCUAAGAUUUAGAACCAGAAAUAGCCCCUCGCAAAAAACAUCCCUCAGGUGGGGUGACUGCUGUCCCACCGAAACGGUACGGGGAUUGCUCACCUAGGUGGUGAUUUUCUGGGGAAGUUGGUUCUGGUUUUUGGGUUAUUGCAUUUUUUUGAUUGUAAAGAACAUCGAUAGCAUCCAUCCAAAAUGAUCAACAUAGCAGGAGUAAUAUCCAUUGUCUUAUUCUACAUCGUAAUUCUUGCGGUGGGAGUUUGGGCGGGAAGAAAAAAAGAAGCUGGAAAUGAUUCGGAAGAAGAAGUUAUGCUCGCUGGCCGUAACAUCGGGUUAUUUGUGGGAAUUUUUACAAUGACAGCAACAUGGGUAGGUGGAGGUUAUAUCAAUGGUACUGCAGAGGCAGUAUACACCUCUGGAUUAGUCUGGUGCCAAGCUCCAUUCGGAUACUCUCUAAGUUUAGUUUUCGGUGGAAUAUUUUUUGCCAACAAGAUGCGUCAACAAGGCUACAUCACCAUGCUGGACCCACUCCAAGACACUUUCGGCGAAAGAAUGGGCGGUUUGCUAUUUUUGCCCGCUUUAUGUGGUGAGGUUUUUUGGGCAGCUGGAAUCCUAGCAGCACUUGGAGCCACCCUCGCAGUCAUCAUCGACAUGGACAACCGCACCAGUGUAAUUUUCAGCGCAGUCAUUGCAGUACUCUACACUCUUUUCGGCGGUCUUUAUGCAGUAGCCUACACUGACGUCAUACAACUGUUUUGCAUUUUCAUCGGCUUAUGGAUGAGUAUUCCAUUUGCCUGGACCAAUGAGCACGUACAAUCUUUAUCAGCAACGGACCAUGAUUGGAUAGGAUCGGUGGACUCUAGCGAUAUAUGGUCCUAUAUCGAUUAUGGUUUGUUGUUGGUAUUUGGUGGUAUACCUUGGCAAGUGUAUUUCCAAAGGGUGCUCUCCAGCAAAUCAGCUGAUAGAGCUCAGUUGCUUAGCUAUGUAGCGGCUCUUGGGUGCCUCUUAAUGGCUAUUCCACCUAUUUUAAUUGGUGCUAUUGCAAAAGGAACUGCUUGGAAUGAAACUGACUAUAAAGGUCCCUAUCCCUUGACUGAAGCAGAAACCGGAAUGAUUCUCCCCAUGGUGCUACAAUACCUCACUCCCGACUUUGUCUCCUUCCUCGGACUUGGUGCUGUGUCAGCUGCUGUGAUGUCUUCAGCAGAUUCUAGUGUAUUAUCGGCAAGUUCAAUGUUUGCCAGAAACGUUUAUAAAUUGAUAUUUAGACAAAAAGCUUCAGAAAUGGAAAUUAUUUGGGUAAUGAGAGUGGCUAUUUUAAUUGUUGGCUUUCUGGCUACUGUAAUGGCAUUGACAAUACCAUCGAUUUAUGGUCUAUGGUCAAUGUGCUCAGAUCUCGUCUACGUAAUUCUUUUUCCACAACUUCUAAUGGUAGUUCACUUCAAAAAUUAUUGCAACACUUAUGGAAGUCUAGCUGCCUACAUUACAGCCUUUUUGGUUCGGGUAUCUGGAGGAGAACCUCUAAUGUUCCUUCCAGCCCUCAUUCACUUCCCCGGCUACGACGAAGUAAAUAAUGUCCAAAAAUUCCCAUUUAGAACUAUGGCUAUGUUAUUGUCUUUGAUAACAUUAGUUUUGGUUUCAUGGGGCACCAAGCACGUAUUCGAAAGUGGCAAGCUUGCUCCAGGCUAUGACAUAUUCCGUUGUGUUGUUAAUAUUCCUGCGGAUGUCCAGAGAAUUGAAGAACCUGCCGAAGAAGGCGAACAAAUGUCAGUUAUGACCGGGCCUAUGGGUAAAAUGUAUGGAGCUGCAACGCUUGUGGGCAAAGACGAACGUAAUGGAAGGAUUAAUCCGGCGUUGGAGGCUGAUGACGAUAUACCUGCUUCGGAAGUUGAUAGGUUGCGCAGUUCGGCAGGCGGAGGCGGUAGUAAAAAUGCUCCAGCUACUAAUCCAUUAGACAGCUACCAAACUAAACUGUAAGUGAGAAUGGUUUUUUUUAUGUUUGACUCAUCUGGUGAAUCGUAAGCUUGGGAAUUGUGGAAACUUUUUCAGACGCACUUACUUCCUGUCUGGCAUGGUUCCAGAUAGAAUAAUGAAAAUAUAAAUUUUUAAAAGGUCUAGCUGCCAGUAUAUAGAUUCGUUAAAAUUUAUACUUUUCAGACUUGAUUUUAGCUUAUCUGGCAGCUACAAAUUUUUAAUGAAGUAAUCCCAAUUUCUCCCGAAAUAGUUUGAAACUGGAAAGGUUUUCAAUUAUUUUCUGAUGCCUACUUAAUUCAAUAAUUGUGAAGAGCUUUUUGUAAAUAAUGAGUCAACUUUUAUUGAAAAACUUGAAUAAAGAGAUGAUCUAAUUUUCAGUUAACCGGCAUUAGUUCCAUAUUUAGAUAAUGGUGCGUGAAAGGUCUAUUUUAAAUAAAAUUGUAUUUUUGAAAUUCAUUAAUUUUUUCGUGUGAAAAAUUCAUUUCAUAUAAAUUAUGUAUUAAUUUUUAUGCUCAUAUAAAGCAAUAACUGAACAUAAACUGAUUUAUGAUAAAGUGCAGCCUUUGAAGUUGGUUGCAUUCAACAACGAGAAAUGAUUUGAUUAAUAGAAUUUGGCCUACUCAUCACCAUAAUAUCCCUUUUCAUGUACAAUUUUGUGAAAUAAAAAAUACAAUAGAUACACCACACAAAAAAAUACUAGGUCUAUUAGGAAAUCAGUCCCAAGCUUAGUACUGAAGGUAUAGAACCGCAUUGCAAGUGCGAAAUAUUUCUAAAAAUUUCAUUGUAGCAAUGCGGAAUUCCGCACUAUGAAAACUAGGCUUCAUACUUAAAAUUUUCAUGAAAACGGAUUCAGGCUACGAGUUUUGUAACAAACGAUACAUAUAAAAAGACUAAAAAUUAUACCAAGCAUAUCAAUAUUAUACUUAUGGAUUUAAUUUUUGUUAGUAUGGCAAAUCAAGUGUGGAAGUCUUGUUACGAAAAAAAAAAACAGAAAAUAAAUAUAAUUUGUUAUACAAGUUUAUUUAGAUGAAUAUAUUAGUUGCUUUAACUAUAAAGUUUAUAAAUUAUAGCCAAUUGUUGAACUAUGUAAUUUACUUAGUACACAUUUUAAAUUAAAAUUUAUUUGCAAAUUCUAAAAUCGUUGUGUCAAUAAAGGUAUUAUGUUAUAGAUGCGGUUUUGAACUGUUAAGCUGAAUGUCCUAAAAAAUCAGGCUUAUAAAAAGUAUUAUUUGAAAUUAUAGCCAAUAAAAUCGAUUGAAACGUAACAUAUCUAGAAUACAUAUCAUUAUUGUUGUUGCAUUGCUGUGUACUAUACUCACUAUUUUGAAGAAAACUCUGUUGUUAUCUUAUUGUAUCUAUUUUUUUAAGAUAAUAAGAUACUAACGAAUCAUAUAAAUAAAUGUAUAGAUAAUAAAAAAAAAUAUAUAUAUUAUAGCAUAAUAGGUCAUCUAUUCUGUGUAUACCUUAAAAUGAAUAGACUGUUAAUUCAUCCAAAUGUAAAACCUUUAGUUGUUGUAUAAAAAUAUCAAUUUAAUGUAAAAAAAAAGAAACUUUAGAUUGGUUAGAUCUAUUACUGUUGUAAAAUGAAGAAUAAAAUGCAGGCAUGAA